UGUGCUGGGAGGGGGAGGGGCUGUGCUGGGGUUCAGUGGAGCUGGAGUUGGUGAGUUGCAGUCGGUGUGAGGUGGGAUGAGCGGAAUGGCACUGGCGAUCCAGCGCUCUCGGCAGCGGGACGCGGGGUUGGGCUCUCGGGGCAAUGCGCGGCGGUUCCUGGGGCAGAGCUACGAGGAGCUGCGGGACCGCUGUCUGCAGACGGGGGUCCUCUUCCAGGACCACAGCUUCCCCGCCGCCCCGGACAGUCUGGGCUACCAGGAGCUGGGCGGCCACUCACACAAAACCCGGGGGGUGGAGUGGCAGCGCCCGCCGGAUCUGUGCUCAAGACCCCGGUUUAUUAUUGAAGGAGCCACCAAGACUGACAUUUGCCAGGGCUCCUUGGGGGAUUGCUGGCUCCUGGCUGCCAUCGCGUCCCUGACUUUGAACAAGGAAGUGUUGGACAGAGUGGUUCCCGAUGGACAGAGCUUUGAUUCGGGCUACGCUGGAAUCUUCCAUUUCCAGUUCUGGCAGUAUGGGGAGUGGGUGGAUGUGGUGAUCGAUGACCAGCUGCCCACCAAGGAUGGAGAGCUAAUGUUUGUCCACUCGGACGAGCAGAAUGAGUUCUGGAGCGCGCUGCUGGAGAAAGCUUACGCCAAGCUGAAUGGAUCGUAUGAGGCUCUAUCGGGUGGAUCGACGACCGAGGGGUUUGAGGACUUCACGGGGGGCGUGUCAGAGUGGUACGAGCUGAACAAGGCCCCUGCGGACCUUUUUCACAUCAUCGAGAAGGCGCUGAAGAGGGGCUCACUGCUCGGCUGCUCCAUCAAUAUCACGAGUGCAUCAGAGACCGAGGCGAUCACCCCCGAGAAGCUGGUGAAAGGUCACGCCUAUUCCAUCACUGGAGCACAGGAGGUUCGGUUCCGCGGGUCCCAGGUGCAGUUGAUCCGGAUCAGGAACCCCUGGGGGCAGGUGGAGUGGACGGGAGCCUGGAGUGACAGCUCCUCGCAUUGGAACUCAGUGUCACCACAGGAUGCAGCCGAUCUUCGGAAUCGCGCCGAGGAUGGAGAAUUCUGGAUGUCGUUCUCGGACUUUAAGAGGCACUAUUCUCGGGUUGAGAUCUGUAACCUGACGCCUGACACCCUCACCUCCGACAAGAUCCUCAAAUGGAACUGUGCCUUGUUCAGUGAGAGCUGGAGACGUGGCUCCACAGCUGGAGGCUGCCGGAACUUCCCAGCCACCUUCUGGAUGAACCCCCAGUUUAAGAUGGUGCUGGAGGAAAUCGACGAUGAUGGACGAGGGGAGGACGGCUGCAGCGUCCUGGUGGCUCUGAUCCAGAAAAACCGAAGGAACCUGAGGAAGAUGGGCGAGGACAUGCACACUGUGGGCUUCGCCAUCUAUGAGGUCCCUGAUGAGUACAAAGGGGUCACAAACGUGCACCUGGAGAAAAGCUACUUCAUAACACAUGGAUCAAAAGCACGAUCCGAGACCUUCAUUAACCUACGGGAGGUCUCAGCCCGGUUCUGCCUGCCCCCCGGAGAGUACCUGGUUGUCCCCUCCACUUUCGAACCCAACCAAAAUGGGGACUUUGCUCUGCGCGUCUACACAGAGAAACGGGCUGACACUCACACAAUGGACAUUGACCAGGUGUAUGCAACCUUCGAUGAUGAGGUUGAUGUUCAGGAGUCCGAUGUGAGCAGCAACUUCAGGAGUAUGUUUGAAAAACUCGCUGGAGAGGACAAGGAAAUCUCGGUAUUCGAGCUCCAGAAAAUACUGAACAAAAUCAUGUCCAAACGCACUGACAUCAAGACGGAUGGAUUCGGGCUGGAGUCGUGCCGCAACAUGGUGCAUCUGGUGGACAAAGACGGGAACGGAAAGAUGGGAUUGGUGGAAUUCCAGAAACUGUGGAACAAGGUGCAGAAGUUCCUGAAAAUCUAUAAAAAUAAUGACCUGGAUCAGUCGGGAACAAUGAACUCGAGUGAAAUGAGAGUGGCUGUGGAGGAGGCUGGUUUUCACCUGAAUAAUAAACUCUGUCAGAUCAUCGUUUCUCGUUACUAUGACAGUGACGACCUCACCCUGGACUUUGAUAACUUUGUUUCCUGUCUUGUCCGCCUGGAGCUGGUGUUCAAGUUGUUCAAUUCUCUCCCCAAGGAUGAGGAAGGAUUCGCUCAACUCAGCAUCCUGCAGUGGCUCACAAUGGUAUUGUGCUGAAUUGUCUCAUGGACCAGGUCUCUUCAGUAAGAUACUGGAGAUAGGAACACAGCUGAGUACUGGAGCCUCUGCUUAUUGCUGUCUUGUUCCCAUCUCUGACCCCAAUCAAGUACUGCUGGGGCUCUUUUGGUGGGGGCGAUGCUCUGUGCCUUACUGAUCAUUGGGGUUGAUCUCAGCGGGGGGUGGUGGUGGUGGUUCCUUUCAUUACUGAUUGAUUACUGGCUCAAUCUUUGUGUGUGUGGGGCGGGGGUGGCAGGGCUCCAUGUCUUAUUCCUCUCUUAGUUCUGUAAUGUGGAUUCCGUGCUGCCAUUGGUGGUAUUUUUACAUGAUGCAAAUUAAACCAUUUUGGUGAUGAAGCUUU